GGGCGGCGGCACCGGCACCGGCGACAUCGGCAUGGGGCCCUGGCCCAGGACGUGGUGGUGGUGGCGGCGGCAGCAGCGGCGGCUGCAGGGCUCCCCGCGGCCGACGGCGAUUCGCUUCUGGAGCUUGUGCUGGCUGCUGCUGGGCGCCUGGCGGGGGCUGCUCGCCUCCGCCUGCCCCAUCCCGUGCGACUGCAGCCGCCCUGAGCGGAUCUGGUGCAGCGAACCCACGCCAAGCCUCGCGGCCUUCCCGGUGCUCGGCAAGAGGAGCGAGCGAGAGAAAGUCACGCACAUUUAUAUUGCAAACCAACGGAAGUUAGAAAGCAUAAACGAAGGAGACGUUGGACAGUACAUUGGGUUAAGAAAUUUAACUGUGGUGGAUUCAGGUUUGAAGUUUGUAUCACGCCAGGCUUUCCUGAAGAAUACUAAUCUGCAGUAUGUUAACUUCUCCAGAAAUAAACUUUCAAGUUUGUCCCGGAAGUCAUUCCGUCACCUCAAUUUGACUGAUCUGAUUUUAGAAGGCAAUCCAUUCAAGUGUUCCUGUGACAUUAUGUGGAUCAAGGUAUUCCAAGAGACCCGGAAUCCAAAACCUGAACCUCAGGAUAUUUACUGUAUGAAUGACUUCAACCAGAGGAUUUCUCUGAUGGACACGCCUGUCCCAAACUGUGGCUUGCCUUCAGUUAGGCUGAACCCACAAAACCUCACUGUUGUUGAAGGAAGAAGUGUUACGUUGUACUGCGAAGCUACAGGAUCUCCAGCACCAAGUAUAGCUUGGGUUCUCAGUAAUAUUGUUUCAAAACAUGAGAGUGAUACAAAUAAGAACCCAGCUUCUCUAACCAUAAAGAAUGCUUCAUCAAAUGACAGUGGUGCGCAGAUUUAUUGUGUAGCAGAAAACAGUGUGGGCGAAGACCAAGAUUCUGUUGACCUCACGGUGUUCUUUCCACCAAAUAUCACAUUUCUUGAAAUGCCAUAUCCGGACCACCACUGGUGUAUUCCAUUCAGUGUGAGAGGAAAUCCACAACCUGUCCUGACAUGGUUGCAUGAUGGGGUUAAGCUGAAUGAAUCGGACUAUAUCUGGACUAAAAUACAUGUUAUCAAUCAGACUGAAUACCAUGGCUGCCUUCAACUGGACAACCCUACUCAUGUGAACAACGGCAAUUAUACCUUGGUGGCACAGAAUCAAUAUGGAAAAGAUGAAGCCAACAUUUCAGCUUAUUUUAUGGAAGAUCCUGGAGAGCAGUGCCUGGAAUGCUGGUUCCCAACCCCAGAUGAGACAGAACUUACAGGUAGUCCAUUCUAUGAUCAUCCCGGUUAUAGUGAGGAUUAUGGAACACCAACAAAUGAUUUUGAAGAUACUACAAAUAAUAGUAACCGAGUUACUUCUACGGAUGUGUCAAACAAAGACAAUGAAGAUAGCAUCACUGUGUAUGUUGUAGUUGGGAUAGCAGCAUUAGUAUGCACUGGCUUAGUUAUUAUGCUCAUUAUUCUCAAGUUUGGAAAGCACUCUAAAUUUGGAAUGAAAGGUUCUGUUUUGUUUCAUAAGAUCCCACUGGAUGGGUAAAUGAAAUAAAGGAAAAAAAGCAAGAGGGGGCUGUUGAGCAUGAUUGUUGAAGCCAUGUGCUACACACUAGGCAGUAGACAUGUUUAUUGUGCUGUCAGCUGCUACACUCCUUGGACCUCUCUUGUAGAGAUGGGUUAUGUUCGGAGGACGCUAGAAGUAUGCACAGUUUGGCAACUUCACUUCAAAAUCACCCCCAGGCUCAAGAAAGCACAAAAAUAAACUAUUGUAUUCUGUUACAACGAUUCUACUCACAAAGUGACAUUUCAACAGAAUUUCACUGCAUUUUUUCCAACUUGAUUGUCUGUCUGACCUUAGCUGGAAAAAGAAUUAACUUUAUAGAUUAUAUUUAUUAAAGGCAAACUGCAAAUAUUUUGUGUACUAAAAAAAGUUAAAAUAUUUUAUGUCCUCAUUUUGCAAACUGUUUGAAUUACAUCAGCGACUUCAGUGGGGCAGUUGCUCACUUAAAAUUUGAGUAUAUGCAGGUUUGCAGGAUUCUAAUCUAAGAUCCUACUACAGCUGUAUUAAAAAGUAGUUCUGCAAAGCUUCCUCAUGUGAGCAAUCUUAACAUGGAGUGGUUUCUUUGUAGAGACUAUAAGAAUUAAGGAUCACUGAACAGAAGAAACUUGAUAUGCUGUUUAAUUUGCAGUAUGCUAUUCAUAGCUCACAACUUCCUAUUCUAAAAAUAUGAGUUGGUCAGAAAGCAUUUAAAUAAAUAAAUGUGACCAAGCAAAAUAGUAAUCUGACUUGGGUUCUUUUACCACCUCUAUUAGAUUUAUUGAACUGCUAUCUGUACAAUAAUACUACAUGACUUUUAGGUGUUGAACUCAGCAGGACUAUUAUAGCUGCUGCUCUCAUGCCACUAAACCAGCUGUAAAAUCUGGGCUUCUAAACAAGCAAUCUCAGUUUCCACCCCAUCACUUCAUGCCUCUCUUUCUUUGGAAGGGCAAUUAUGUCUCACUAUCUCAUGUGUUGCUUGCUAUGUUGGAUGUAAAACUUUCCAUAUUCUGGUAGUUGAAGAGAUUUUAAUAAAUUCAAGAAAGGGGUCCUACAUAGCAAAGGGGCACAUGAAGAUGCUUCUUAUGUCCCUUUUCCUAAUCCAGUAAGUUUUCUCUUGUUUAUCAAUACCAUGUGCCCCUAGAGCAUUUACAUGUGAAUGGGACUUGUUCUUUUUCUUAUAUUCAUCUCGAGUUACACUUGGUAUUAAUGGAAGAAAUAUACAGGCACCGAAACUAAGGAUAUCUUUAGCAUAAAAUCCCAAAUUCAAACUUGCCAAACUUCUUAACAUU